AUAAAUUCUCCUCCCCCAGCCAAGCGCUGCUUAAUAUAGACCGACCAUAUGCUCCAGCCCUUGCUCACUCUUACACAAGCAUCUCCUAAGACUGAGUUGUACUGCAAUUUCGGGCAAAAAAAAUUAAAAUCUUUCCCACAAACCUUAGGGGCAUUGAGGGUUUCAUAAAACUGAAGAAGAUAUAACCAGCUCUGGUUAUUGUCUUUCUUAAAUUUCCUUUAGGCGUUUCUGGGUCUUUUCUUUUUCUUACAUCAACAAAGAACAUGUCUGAGUUCAGCCAAAACUCUGACCAAGAAGAAAUCUGUUCCGAAGAGAUUGAUGAAGAUGAAAUCCUAGCAAACCUCUCCCCCGAAGAACUGAAGGAGCUACAAUGUGAAAUGGAAGUCAUGGCUCCAGACCCCGAAGUGCCAGUUGGAAUGAUACAGAGAGACCAGACUGAAAAGCCACCGACGGGAAACUUUGAUCACAGAUCUCUUGUUGACUACCUGUAUUGGCAGAAGGCCUCAAGGCGGAUGCAUGAGGAUGAACGAGUGCCUGUCACUCUCUUGCCAUCGGAGAGACACACUGUGGAGAAGUCCGAAGAAAAUUCUGCAGAUAUUAGUAAUGAGAAGCAGAUGGUGAAAACAAAUGGAGACGUAAGAGACUAUAAAGAGAAUGAAGAAGAGGAAGAGGAAGGUGAAGAGGAGGAGGAGGAAGAAGAAGAAGAAGAAGAAGUUGAGGAGGAGGAGGAGGAAGAGGAGGAGGAGGAAGGAGAGGAAGAACAGGAGGAGGAGGAUGAAGAGGAAGAGGAUGAAGAGAAAGAUAAGGAAGAACUGGGAACAAAGAAACCACAUGGUGAAGAGGACAGCAGAAGUGAACAUGAAACAGAGGGAUCAGAUGAAAAGCAAGAAAAUAAUGAAAAGAAAGCAUCAAAAUUAAAUAUUCCCAAAAAAUUAGCUGUAGAUACUAGUUUUAUUAAGUUAAGUGCUAGGCCUUCAGGAAAUCAAACCAAUUUAGAUGAGAGCCUGAGAAAGGUCCAGAAGAAUGACCCAAGCAUGACAGAACUCAACUUGAACAACAUUGAGAACAUCCCCAAGGAAAUGCUGGUGGACUUUGUCAAUGCUAUGAAAAAGAAUAAGCACAUCAAAACAUUCAGUUUAGCCAAUGUGGGGGCAGAUGAUAAUGUUGCUUUUGCCUUGGCCAACAUGCUGCGUGAAAACAGGAGCAUCACCACACUGAAUAUUGAUUCAAAUUUCAUCUCAGGUAAAGGAAUUGUUGCAAUUAUGAGGUGUCUGCAGUACAAUGAGAAGCUGACUGAGCUACGCUUUCACAACCAGAGAAGCAUGUUGGGCCAUCAAGCAGAAACGGAGAUCGCCAGGUUACUGAAAGCCAACCCUACGCUGCUCAAGAUAGGGUAUCACUUUGAACUUCCAGGUCCCAGAAUGGUGGUUACCAAUCUGCUCAGCAGAAACCUCGAUAAACAGAGGCAGAAAAGGAUAGAGGAGCAAAAGCAGCAGCAACGAAAGCAGCAGAAAGAGCUAAUAGCCAUGUUAGAGAACGGACUCGGGUUGCCUCCUGGCAUGUGGGAAUUGCUAGGGGGACCAGUGCCUUCUUCAGUGAUGCCUCCUUCGAUGCAACCUCCAAUGCCACCAGUCCCCAAAGCUCCAUCUGCGGGCAGGAAAAACGAGCCUGCAAGAAAACCAGAACCUGAAAAGGUAAGCAGCGGCGACUUCAAAAUAGUGAAACUCAAGAGAACCCAGCGGAAACCCACCAUAAAAGAAUACGUGGAGCCUGCUGAAAAAACCAACCUCAAAGACGUGAUCAAGACACUCAAGCCUAUUCCAAGAAGACGGCCACCUCCUCUGGUGGAAGUCACUCCUAGAGAUCAGCUACUUAAUGAUAUUCGCCAGAGCAACGUAGCUUAUCUGAAACCGGUGCCACUUCCCAAAGAGCUGGAGUAGUUACUCCCCAUUCAGCUGAAGGAAACAACUUGGAGAAGGAAAGAAAAAGAACAAAACAAAACACACAGACUGUGCAAGUGUUGCUUCAUAUUGUUCCAGGGCCUGUUUCCUUCAAAUGGAAGACAUGGGAACAAUGCUUAAAGCAUGCCACCUGUUGAAGUGAUGAUUGAAAAGGAUAGAAUGGAAACAGUAUAAAUGGUUAAUAAUUCACACGUACGCUCUUGUAAUGGGCUAGUGCCACCCUAUAGUCUCCGUCAGCUUGCUGGGCUUUAAUUUCAGAGGGUAGGGGCGGAGAGCAGAGGGAUAUUAUCGCCUAUGUUAUAACUUUUAUAGAUUUCUUCAGGAAAUCCCUGUCGCAAUCAUGUUGCCUUCUGCUUUUAAACUUUACAGAAGCAUAUGGUGUCCUUUUGUGAGUUUUUCUUCUCCCCUACUCUCACCCAUCCUUGUGGGGCAUCUCUGUCUGCCAGCUUCAGCACAGGUGUGUGUUGGGUGUUUGGCAAACCGCAGCUACUUUCAUCUUUAUUGGAUGAAGGAUACUGCAACAGAAAUGAACAUCUACUUUCAGGGAUGGUUGCUGUCAGUACUUUUUUCCCUGUGGGUACGAAUACGCCUAAACAUUUUGUGAAUCUAACGGGAGAAGAAACUAAAAAAAAUUAGUUUCUUCUCUAACACGGUGAAUCAUCAGUUCCAUUGAAUAGCAUGGUGAAUUUUCAGUUCCGUUGCAACCCCUGAUGGUGGCCUCAUUUCCUGUCACGGUGUUUUAGAUGGAAGCAAGCGUUUAAUGUAUGAAGUAGGAGUAUGAAGCAUGGUGAUUGGUCAGUUUCGUUGUUACCACCUCCGAUGGCGGCUUCAUUUCCUUUCCCGGUGAUUUUCUUGAGUCAAAGUGAGAGUAUCCCUAAACAUUUUUUUAAGGAAAAAAAAGCACCAGUUGCUGUACAUCAGCCACAAAAGCCGAGAUAUAGAGGUGUUGGCUGUGAAGACUCCACGAGCAGUGAUUUCCUAAGGUUUUAGGAAACCGCUGGCAGGACAUCCUCAGUGGGCUCUCCUUACAGCUACCAGCUGUUCCCCUUCCCAUUUCUACUAUCACAUCCAUCUAGACUGAAAGCUGGGGAGUAGCAAUGGCUGCCCAAAGCUGCAGCUCCUCCUCCUUUACAUUGCUGCGGCAGCUAGACUGGUAACUGG